AUGUUCCGGGCCGGGCGGCACGUCGUCCGGAUUCGGCAGAGUCACAGUCAGAGAAACUAUUCGUGGAACCCGCUUAGUUGGUUCAAGUCAGGACAGAGCGGUAGCGCAGUAAGCGGUGCAGAUGUAGUGUCUCCCUCUCCAGUUGCUCCACCACAAGCACCACCGAGUGUCGUGCCUUCUCCGACAAUCGAGGUCACUACCCAGACCCCAGAAACAAUCGUACAUGGGCUCGCCCCGGAAACUCUCGCUCCAGGCGAACCAGCUGCUACGAACAUCUUCGAGGUCGUUAAUCCAGAGCCAGAGAUGCUAGCAACAAUGAUCGAUGGCUGGGACUACUUCAGUACUCUUGGCUGCAUCAAUCCAAUAACGUACAUGACGCUCGGUCUCGACUACAUCCUUCCUUUUGGCGAGGCGAGUCCUUUAGUGGCGAUUUUCGCAGUUUGCGUUCCUAUCCGAAUGGCAGCUAGUUUUGUUAAUUUGAAAUCGACGGCUGAGAUUGUUCAGGCGAUGACUAUGUCUCGCUUGCGGGAAGCGAUUUUCAAGUCGACCCAAGGGAUGGCAGAAAACUCCGCCUCGAAUAUAAACGUUUUGCAUCAAGGCGAUCGUGGCUCUACAUCGCGCAUGAACGUCCUCCCUCUUCAGCGCGUCGUUGAGUUCAACAAGUACAUGAAAGGCUUCGGCGUUGACUUGCUCGAAGAAGGAAUGGAGCGGAACUAUUACAAGAAAAUGAUACUCUCGAAGGCGCCGACGAUGGCUUCGUUUUUUCUAAUUUCACUUUUUCUCAGAGAAGCGAGGAUACUUCCUCUCGAGUGUUUCCAAACUCCUUUUCUUUAUUGGGACAAUUUGAGUUCCUUUACGGCGUCGAGUGUACCGAUCUCUGCGGCAUGUUUUGGAAGUGCGUUUUUAAUGGCGAACAUCUACCAAAGCGCCGCAAUGAGCCGAUAUCAAACAAUCAAAAUUCCUCUCAACAAGCAGUUGACAAACUAUGCCAAGUCCUUCAUCCUUCCUGCUGGCGUUAUGUAUGGACUAAUGUGGGCCAUUGACAUGCCAAAUAUUCUUCAAGCUAUUUUCAUCGCUACAACGUUUGGUAAUCAAGCACUGAAUGCGAUGGUCAAGACAAAUUUAAGCAUGAAACAGUUUUUUAAUUACAAAACGCAAGAAGAGCUCAUCAUGGAUAUUCAAGACUAUGUGCGUCAAAAUGACAAAUACCGCGAGCUGCUGGACCAGCGGCGAGCAAAUCAAAACCUCCUCCAAGCUCAUUAUGGCUGGACAACUACGAAGGUCUCCGAGGAUGAUAACCUCUCGCUCGUUGAAAAACUCCAGGCAAAGAAGCAGAAAUUCCAAGAAAACUCUCUCGAGAUGGGCAAAGUAAAAGCAGCCUACGAAGCAUUGAGUGGAAAGGACUUCGAAUCUGCCGGUCGAGAGUAUCUCCAAAACAUCUAUCCGUAUUACAUUCACGAAGAGAAGGAGGAUGCAGCAUCGGAUGGAAUUUACGACAAAAUGAUAGAAAAUGAAAGAAAUAUUUGGAUGGAAGAAAUUAAUAGAAAUAAGUCGACCUUUCAAGAGAUGGACUUUGAAUUAUUCGAUGAUGGCAUAAAUGAUAGUAAAAAGAGCGAACUUCCUGUAGAUCAAAUAGAAGACGACUUUAAAAGUUUCUACCGCCCAAGAAAAGAAGAAUCAGAUUUAAGGCCUUGGUGGGAACGCCAAACUGCUUAA